GUCGGCUACUUGAUAAUCUCCGUGAAGAUCUGAGUUUUGGGCCUUCCCAGUUUUCCUGUCUUUUUCCCCUAAAUCUACUGCUUCUCUAAUGCAUGAUUUCCCCCAUGACUGUUACAACAUUAAAAAAAAAACUACACAAAAUUGAUAGGAAAAAAAACAGCCAAUAAAACUAUUAAAAAAAAAAACUGAACACUGUUAUGCCAAGAAAAAAAAAACUAAACUAAACUGAAUGUUAUUCCACAUCCUCCAUUGAUGUAAUAUUAACUCUCAUCAUUGCAUUUUCCCUAUUUUGCGUCCCACUCUCAAUCUCCUCAUCUCUUGUCUCAUUUCUUCUAAUCUACCAAGUGACCCUCCAUGUUUCAAAACUUCCUCCAGUACUAAAUUCCAUUCAUCUCUGCACAGAAAACGAUCAAAUAAUUCACGUAUUUCCCACUGCAUACCUGCAUAUUCUUCAUGGAGACGUAUGUGAUCAGCUUGUAAACUAACUCUGUAAGGAAUCAAGUUUACCGAAGAAAACUCUAACGUUCCAUUUUCUUGUACCACUUCAUGAACAUCCAUCUUUGCUAAUUUUGUUUCACAAAAUGUUCCAGCAUAAUUAAAAAAAAAUUGGCACACAAUCAACAAAUAUCAACUAACAACCAAGAAACACUCAUGUUACACGUCAGUGAGAUUACACACAUUCUUUAAAGUUAUUCUCCUUACACGUGUCUUUUGAUAUCAUUACUUGGCACCCCCACAAUCACAUAUAUUAACCAAACUUUCCAAACUCACCACAUACUCAUCAUACUCAGCACUACUAAAUUCAUGUAUAAAUUGAUAAAACUUUACUCACCAAUUUUCAGAUAUGGACACUGGGCUACUACUACACACUGUAAGCUGCACAACAUCCAGCUCACCCCCUAGUAAUUUAUAAUGUGUGUAUCAUAGUAUUCAUUAAAUAUUAAUGUGAGAUGAAAAUAUCAAAUGAAUUUUAGCUUUAAAAAAUCACUAAAUUGGUUAAGGGGGAAUAAUGAAUAUUUAUAAUUGAGGACCCUACAAUUAACUUAAUAAUUAUUUUGCUACAAUUUGUUUUAAGUCAUCUCAAUUAUUUAAAUUGGAAUUGUUUGUCAAUUUCAGAGUUCAAACCUUCAUCGAGUCCUCCGGAACAACUACAUUCGUCAGUCCCCAAGUCAAACACCCCACUUCGGAAAAAUCUCUCGCAAUACUGAUUGCAGCGAUCAUUUCUGCUUGAUAAUUAGUAAUGGGGUUCUUCAAAAUUCUGGUAUCUUUUAUCGUUUGCUGCUGUUUUGUGGCUUCUGCUAAGUUCGCUUCCGCAGAUUCCUUUCUGAGUAAAGAAAGGUUGGUUGAUGUUCCUGGCAAGUUUCUUAAUAUGGCGAAAAGACCGGAUCUUUUGGAGUGGAUGGUUCGUAUUAGGAGGGCCAUUCAUGAAAACCCUGAACUUGGUUUUGAGGAAUUUGAGACUAGUAAACUUAUUAGAACUGAGCUUGAUAAAAUGGGAAUUCCUUAUAAGCACCCCGUGGCUGUUACUGGUGUGGUGGGCUAUAUUGGUAGCGGAAAGCCGCCUUUUGUUGCCCUCAGGGCAGAUAUGGAUGCCCUAGCUAUGCAGGAAGGUGUUGAAUGGGAACACAAAAGCAAAAUUCCUGGAAAGAUGCAUGCUUGUGGACAUGAUGCUCAUGUUGCCAUGCUCCUUGGUGCUGCAAAGUUGCUUCAAGAACACCGAGAUGAGCUACAGGGUACUGUUGUUCUGGUUUUUCAACCAGCUGAAGAAGGAGGAGGAGGAGCUAAGAAAAUGCUAGAUGCUGGCAUACUGAAGAACGUUGAUGCUAUAUUCGCGCUGCACGUCUCUUACAAAUUUCCCAUCGGAACAGUUGCUGCUAGACCAGGGCCUAUUUUGGCGGCGAGUGGUUUCUUCGAAGCUGUAAUUAAAGGAAAAGGUGGGCAUGCAGCCCUUCCCCACACCAAUAUCGAUCCUAUUGUAGCAGCUUCUAACAUAAUUGUUAGUUUGCAACAUCUCAUUUCACGUGAAGCGGAUCCCUUAGAUUCACAGGUAGUAACAGUUGGAAAAUUCGAAGGUGGUGCUGCAUUCAAUGUGAUUCCUGAUUUUGUUACAAUAGGUGGAACAUUCAGGGCGUUUUCAAAAGACAGUUUCACGCAACUUAAGAAAAGGAUUGAAGAGGUAAUUUUGACACAAGCAGCAGUACAGAGAUGCAAUGCUACUGUUGACUUCAAAUCAAAUGAGAAGCCGUUUUACCCAGUAACUAUAAAUGAUAAUCAGUUGCAUAGUCAUUUCCAAAAUGUAGCUGGGCAAAUGCUGGGUGCUACAAACAUUUUACAAUAUACACCCUCCAUGGGAGCAGAAGACUUUGCCUUUUUCGCUGAAUCAAUUCCUGGGUUCUUUUAUAGCAUCGGAAUGCAAAAUGAUACCAAGGAACAACUCAAGCCAGGGCAUUCUCCGUAUUUCAAGGUAAAUGAAGAUGUCUUCCAAUAUGGCGCUGCUCUGCAUGCAUCAUUGGCUGCAACUUAUCUCUUUGACCGCCAUCCAAAACUAUCUACUCAAGACAAAGUUAUGCAUGAUGAGCUCUAAGGUCUUGGAAGUGGUGCUUCUUAACGUAAAAUGUGCAGAACUAGUAUAUAUAUAUAUAGGUAUUUUAGAAGAGCAUAUACCUGAGAAUAUUCUUUAGGGUUAGGACCCUUUUAAGGCCUCAUUGGCCCAUUAAUGCAGUCCACAAAUAGACAAGCCCACGAAAAAUACAUUUAGAAUAUUGAAUGAACAACCAACAUUUACUUGACCAAAGUGAUAAGGUGUUUUCGUUUCUUUAAGCGAGGUCUCAGAUUCGAGUCUUAUGAAUGGGAAGAGCAAUGUUGAGAGAGCUUUUCCUCUGAAAGGAAAUUGACCUCGACUCGGUACGGAUUAGUGUGAGUGCAAUGCAUUUGGGACAUCGUGCGCAGCAUGAAAAAAAAAUUGAAUGAACAACAAUAAUCGAAGCACAUAUUUUGUUUAGUUUUCAGAAUGCUGUCUUAAUUUUUCUGGCGGCGGAAGUCUUAGUUUUGGAGCUUGGCUACUUCCGAUAUUAUAGGGUGAUCGAUACACGCUAUGUUAUGAUCCUGAACCUUAAUUUGUCUCUUUAUUAUA